AUGUCUGCUCCUGAAAUCCCCGUCGGCGCCACCAUCGUCCACACCUUCAAGCAGUCCUUUGUGGACGUGCCCAUUGAUGCCGAGAAUGGCAAUGCCAUUGCUACCACCCAGUUCCUCGAUGCUGCCGAGUCCUUGACCACCAUGUUUGACCUCCUGGGCUCUGUUGCCUUCUCUCCCGUCAAGUCUGAUCUGUUGGGCAACGUCAAGAAACUCCGUGAACGCCAACUCGCCGCCCCCGCCGAGUCCACCAAUGUCCAGGACCUCUGCCGCAACGAGCUCAAGGCGAAGAAGCACACUGCCACCGAAGGUCUUCUGUGGCUGGUUCGUGGUCUCGAAUUUACCUGCCUCGCCCUCAGCGCCAACGUGGCCAAGGAGUCCGAGGAGCUUGCCGAUUCCUUCCGAAACGCAUACGGCUCGACCCUGAAGCCUCACCACAGCUUCUUGAUCAAGCCCAUCUUCAGCGCUGCCAUGAGCGCCUGCCCAUACCGCAAGGACUUCUACUCCAAGCUCGGAGCUGAUGAGACUCAGGUCCAAACGGACCUGAGGGUCUACCUGGCCGCUCUCGACAAGAUUGUCGGCAUUCUGAAGGGCUUCGUGGAGAGCAAGGAGGCCAAGUGGUAA